AUGGAAGGUGAAGGUAAGAAGCUUAAGCCUAUUAGAUAUGGUCCCUUUGAGAUCUUGGAAAAGAUCGGUACCAAUGCCUUUCGCCUUAAUCUUCCUCCAUAUAUGCAAAUUUACUCAGUUGUAAAUGUAGAAAAUCUGAAGUUGUAUGAGCCUCCAGUGAUAUUUGAGGAAGAGGCUACUAUUCAGAUUCCUUCUGUUGAUGAUCUAGCACUUGAAUACAUGAAUGUGUUACAAGAGGAUGUCAUCCUCGACAGAAAUGUCAGAUCUUCUAAAAGAGAUGGUGUUGAAUACCUCAAAGUGGGACGUAAAGGGAUGCACCCUGGUAAAGCAAGAUGGAUGGAGAUUGGAAAGGUGAGGGAACUAUACCCUUACCUACUUACUAAGUAA